AUGAUCUGGCUCGGUUCAUUGCAGGGCGGCUGGCUGACCGCCGGCAUUACCUUGACCUGUGGCACGGCUUUUCUCCUUUUCGGCUAUGACCAGGGAGUAUUCGGCGGUCUUUUGGGCAACAAACUGUUCCUGACCACGUUCAACAAUCCCGAUGCCACCAUUCAAGGACAGAUAGUCUCGACUUACGAUCUCGGCUGCAUUCUGGGUGCAAUCCUGACCAUCGCUGUUGGUGACAUACUGGGGCGACGCAAGUCGAUCGUGCUUGCAUGCCUGACUGUCAUCGUUGGAGGCACCAUUCAAGCUGCGUCCUACUCCUUGGGCCAAAUGAUUGUUGGACGCAUCAUUGCCGGUCUGGGAAUCGGCAUGAACAGCGCAGUCAUCCCCAUGUGGCAGAGCGAGACCAGCAAGCCUGAGCAUCGAGGAAAGCUGAUUGCGCUUCAGCUCGUGAUUGUGAUUGGGGGGAUCUCCUUGACGAACUGGAUGAAUCUUGGGUUUUCCUACGUCCCAAACGACCCGGUCAGCUGGCGAGGCCCUCUGGCCUUCCAAGCAUUCUUCGCCAUCUCUGCCAUCAUCCUCAUCGUCUUCAUGCCAGAGUCUCCUCGGUGGCUCUGCAUGAAAGAUCGCCACGAAGAAGCCCGCCUGGUCAUCAGCCGUCUGCAAGCGAAAGGCUCCGACAGUGUCGAGGUCUCGGAAGCGCUCCAGUUGAUCAUCGACACGGUCGCUCACGAAAGGGUGGCGUCCAAGAUCAGUUGGCGAGAGGUCUUCACCAACGGGGAACAGCAAACAUUCCGCAGGAUCGCUCUCGGAGCCGGCACCAGCCUGAUGCAGCAGCUCGGUGGCAUCAAUAUUGUGGUCUACUAUAUGCCGGUCGUCUUGACACAGUCCUUUGGGUUCAGCAAUCGAACUGCCCUCAUCCUGUCGGCUUGUGACUUCAUCUCUUUGAUGAUCUGGGGAGGAGCCAUCACCCUUGUCAUUGACCGUCUGGGCCGGAAGAAGCUGAUGCUCUACGGGGCCUUGGGCCAGGGUAUAUGUUUCGCAGUUGCCGCCGCCGGUUUGGGGGUUGGCACUCGUGCUUCUGAUGCAGUCGCAGUGACUGCUAUCUUCCUCUAUCACGCCUGCUUCGGCUUCUCCUUCCUGUCGAUUCCUUUCAUGUACCCGGCCGAAAUCAACUCCAACCGAAUGAGAAAUACCGGCAGUGGCAUCGCCAUGAUUACCAACUGGUUAUUCGUUUACGUGAUUGUUCUGAUCACUCCUACUGGGAUUUCAAAUAUCGGGUGGCGAUUCUAUAUUAUCUUUGCCGUGCUCAAUAUAGCGUGGAUCCCUUUCAUUUGGUAUUUCUAUGUUGAGACAGCCGGCCUGUCACUUGAAGAGAUUGACUUGAUGUUCGAGACCAAGUAUCGCGGCGGAAAGGGCAUGAGCUGGAAAGAAGCAGCACUGAUUGCAAAGGCUGAGACUGUGACCGCCAAACAGCAGAUUGAUGAGAAGUUGGGUGUGGGUAUCACCCACGAGGAAUGUGUGUCGAAAGACCAAGAGGCAUGA